CCAGUCCAGUCCAGCCCAGCACAGCGAGAUCCAUUUCCCCUUGCUCCUCCUCUCCUUCCACUCCCCACGCCGCCGCCGUCUUCCUCCUCUCCUCCCCGCGCCGCCGCCUUCCGGCUGUCGCCCGUCGCUCAGGAGCUCCUGUAGAGCCAGGCCCUCGCUCGUGGAUCCUUCCCCGACCCCGAUCCCCCGUUCUGUCGCUUGCUCGCCGGACGCCCUCCAGCCCCUCCGCGCCGUGGCCCCGCUCCCAUUAUCUGGUCGCCUGGAGAUUUUGGGACGGGGGGGAGACCUGAUGCAUGAUUUAUUUCAGAUGCAGAAGUUCAAGACCUUGGCCAAAGCCUUGACCGGCAAGACCUUCACCGCCGGGAGGAACUCUUCCGGGCGGAUCACUUCUUUUCACCAAGGGGGUGGAUCCAAGCGAUCGCUUAGGGACAUUGACCUCAAAAGGAACACUUGUUCUGUUGGCGUUGUGGAAAGGAUUGAGUACGACCCUAAUCGUUCUUCUCGGAUCGCUCUUCUCCGAUGGAUCGAAGGGGUACCUCAAAAGGAUGCAUCAUACAAGGCCGAGCGUGCGCCUGUCAAUUACAUAAUAGUCAGCCAUCAAAUGGAGCCGGGCAGCAUGGUGGUGAACAGCGACUCCUCCAAACCUUCCACGACCGGCUCCUUGAUGCGGCCUGCCCACAACGCUGAUUCCUUCCUGCGGUUCCAAGAGCUGUUCCGCAAAGCCAGCCAAGAAGGCGAAGAGGAGGGCACUGAUGAUCAAGCAAAUGAUGCGGCGGUUCCUAUGGCAGCACCGCUCAUGCCUGCCGACCUACUGGACCUCAAUUCCAAGGUGGGAAACUGCAUGCCGUUGUCUGACAUCCGCAUGGGAACAUGGGUGCACAGCAUCGAGCUGCGCCACGGCCAGGGUGCGAAGCUCGUGCGGGCCGCCGGAGCCUACGCCAAGGUGGUCAAGGAGUCGGCCACGCAGUGCCUUGUGCGGCUGCCGUCGGGCGUCGAGAAGCUGAUCGACUCCCGCUGCCGGGCCACCAUCGGCAUCGUCUCCAACCCCACCCACGGCGCGCGGAAGCUGAGGAAGGCGGGGCACAGCCGGUGGCUGGGCAGGCGCCCGGUCGUCCGUGGUGUCGCGAUGAACCCGGUGGACCAUCCCCAUGAAGGAGGCGAGGGGCGCACCAAGGGCGGCAGGCCCUCGGUGUCGCCCUGGGGGAAGCCCACCAAGGCUGGGUACCGGACCGUGCCCAAGAAGCCAAAAGCUCAGUUGUCCCGUGAUUGAUUGAUGAUCUUCAUGGAAGCCGUCAGUUGCUGCUCCAAGGCAAGGUAGUAGGCAGGAUCUUGAUGUGGCUAUGGGUCGAUCACAAAGGACUGUGACUCGUUUUUUCCUUUUUUGUUUGUUUGCGAACAGUUUCUGCUGCAGCACUAUAACAGAUGAUGUUUGGACCUGCAUGCGCCCAGUUUACUGUAUUACUUCUUGGCAUUUCUCCAUUGAUUUCUU